AUGCGCAGUCGCAGUAAGAGGCAUGCAGAACUCAUGAAGGAGAAGAUCAGAGUAAUGCAACAUUUCUUUGACCUGAAGGAAAGUGGUCUUCUGGAUCAGAAAACGGUGAAUGUGAUGAAAGAGGCAAGAUGUGGAGUACCUGAUGUGGAGAACUUCAGCUUUUAUCCUGGACGGAACAAAUGGAAGAGCAACACCAUCACUUACAGGAUUGCGAGAUAUACCCCAGAUCUCAGUCGAGAAGAGGUGGAGAACUCCUUGCGUUUGGCUCUAAAAAUAUGGAGUGAUGCUGCUCCUCUGAAGUUUGUCCAAGUAAACCAUGGCAAGGCAGAUAUUACCUUCUCUUUUCUCUCCAAAGCUCAUGGAGACUUCUUCCCUUUCGAUGGGCCUGGAGGGGUGCUAGCUCACGCUUUUGAGCCUGGAGAGGGCACUGGAGGUGAUGUUCACUUUGACGAUGAUGAAACAUGGACAGCGGGACACGGCAGAUCAGGAUACAAUCUGUUCACGGUGGCAGCACAUGAGCUCGGUCACUCUUUGGGUCUGUCUCACUCAAGGGAUUCCACCGCUCUUAUGUAUCCAAAGUACAAGUUUAUCAACGCUGCAACGUACACACUGCCAAGAGACGACACACUGGGGAUUCAGGCUCUGUAUGGGAAGAAAACAAAACAACAGAAGACACUUGAAAUGAAGUGUGAUCCAAACUUUUCUCUUGAUGCAGUGACAAUACUCGGAAAAGAAAUUAUUUUUUUUAAAAACAGGUGAAGCAUUUAAUCAUUCCUCUAUUACCAAAUUAAAAUUUUAAAUGAUAAAUAUAGAAAAUAAUGGACGUUUUUGAGAUGCCCAUUACAAAGUAUAAGGUCUUGUACAUGUCUCUAGUUACAUGUGGAUGAGAACCAACUGGAAGACAUACUGGAACAGACUAAGAGAAG